AUGACCUGCUCUUCCACACUAACUGGAACGAUGGCGUUAAGGCUGCUACGUUUGUCAACAACUUUACAUUUAGCUGUAUUUCUACAUAUUUUAUUUAUUUCAUGCUAUUCGAUAAAGGCUGAGAUUAGUACGGUAGUUCUUGAUAAAAAAACGGAACAACUGACUAUUGUGGAGGGAUACCGAGAUGAUUACGUCGCCUGGGCAAACUUUACCGACGACAUUGAGCACUCAGGAUGGGCCUUUCUCGAGGUAACAACUAGCGGGUGCUACAAUGACAGUAUCCAGGCGUACAGUGCCGGAGCCGUGGAAGCAGCUCUCACGUCCCAGCUCAUCUACAAGCACUGGAUGAACACCUUGAUGAACUACUGCGGGCCCUUCACGUUCCACUCCGGUUACUGCCACCGUCUGAAGAGUUACAUCAGCACCAACCUACAGUGGGUGACAGAUCAGAUCGACAAGAACCCCAAAUCGCCCUACUGGCACCAGGUGCGUUUGGCUCUGUUGCAGCUGAAGGGACUGGAGGAUCUUUAUAACGGUCAGAUGUCGUUUCCCACCGGCCCUUUCUCCAUCGAACCAUUCGGUUUCCUGCUGUUCCAGAUGGGUGGGGAUGUGGAGGACCUGGAGGGAGCCCUCAACAAAUCCAGCCAAUCACAGCCUCUGGGUUCAGGCUCCUGCUCUGCCCUCAUCAAGCUGCUGCCUGGCAACAAGGACCUCAUGGUGUCACACGACACAUGGAAUACCUACCAGUCCAUGCUGCGCAUCAUAAAGAAAUACAACUUUGCCUUUAAAACAUCCCCCACAGGUGGCGAUCCGAUUCCCGGAGCAGUCCAAGCCUUCUCCUCCUAUCCUGGAUGCAUCUUCUCUGGAGAUGACUUCUACAUCAUCAGCAGUGGCCUGGUUACCUUGGAAACAACCAUUGGCAACAGCAAUCCAGACCUCUGGAAGUUUGUUAAGCCGAUAGAGUCAGUCAUGGAGUGGCUGAGGAACAUUGUAGCCAAUCGUCUCGCUUCUUCGGGCAAGGAAUGGGCCAAUAUUUUUACCAAGUACAACAGUGGAACGUACAACAACCAGUGGAUGAUUGUGGACUAUAAGCACUUUACUCCUGGGAAGACUGACAUCAAAGACAAGCUCUUCACUGUUCUAGAACAGAUUCCGGGGCUGGUGAUUCACAUGGACAAAACCCAAGAGCUGAUGGAGAAGGGCUAUUGGGCCAGCUACAACAUUCCGUACUAUGAGGAGGUGUUUAAUGCUAGUGGCUGUCCAGAGCUGGUGAAGAAGUUCGGCCCGUGGUUCACCCUGGACCAGAACCCCAGAGCCCAGAUCUUCAAACGGAACCAGACGGCAGUUACAGACUUGGACUCCAUGGUCAGUCUCAUGAGGUACAACAACUUCAAGGAGGAUCCGUUGUCGAGGUGCGAGGGCUGCGACCCAGCAGGUAACGGAGAGAACACCAUCUCGGCCCGCUCCGACCUGAACCCUGCUAACGGGACGUACCCGUUUGGAGCCCUGAGACAGAGGCAGCACGGCGGGACAGACAUGAAGCUGACGUCAUAUGGAAUGUUCCGUAAUUAUGAGUUGGUGGCAGUUAGUGGACCCACCUGGGACCAGGUUCCGGUCUUCCAGUGGAGCACCUCGCCUUACAAAGACCUGAUACACAUGGGUCACCCUGACACCUGGGACUUCAAACCUGUGCACGUCACCUGGAAACCAUGACAACUGUUCUUCAUCUUUCACAUCAGCAUUUUCCCUGGCCCCUCAAACCUGCACAUGACCCCCCAGGCCCGAUAAACCCUGUUCCUUCACUUGGUUUUCUCCUAAAUUUGCAUCACCUCCACAUCUUGAAAUCAAGUGUUUUUUGUUUCUUAUGGAAAAGGAUUAACAAAGGGCAUAGGUUUGGGAAAUGUUUUUGUAGCAAUACAGAAUGAGUUUUGCACAAUUUUAGACUAUGGAGAACCAUGUGAUGUAAUGAUAUGAUCAGAAUUACAUUUCAUUGUGUCUUAUCUUUAAAUGUACAUUCAAUUAAAAGUUUCAUAACAUUUCUAUAUUUGAUUUGUUCUUUUGUGUCUGUAAAAUAAAAUGGUCAUGAAUUUCA